AUGAGUGACGUAGAUGACGAAUUUAACGAUGAUAUCGAUAUGCCCGAGCCAAGCAUGAAUCCAGAAUAUGGUGCCAGCAAUGGCGGCGAAGGUGGUGAUGGAAAAGACUCCAAUGGCGCCCAAGAACAACGAAAAGAACAACCACAAGAGCUUCCGCAGCUCUCAAGAAAAGACAAAACACUCCAGGAGGUGCUUGAGAUGAUGGAAGGUGAGUUUGCUCCUAUUAUUCCUGACGCUGUCACCGAGUACUACCUUUCAAAAAAUGGAUUUGAAACAUCUGAUAUUCGAAUUAAACGACUCCUUGCUCUCGCCACACAGAAAUUUGUCCUGGACAUCGCUCAGGAUGCAUACGAAUACCUGCGGAUCCGCAGUUCGUCGUCGGUGUACAAUUCGUCUAACCCGCAGAUUCGAGCGAAGCAAUUACUUCAAGGGCAGCAAUUUGCCAACCAGCAGCUGUUGACCGGAGCAGGUGCGGCAGGCGGCUCUGUGGAUGGAGAUUCUGUGCCACAGGCGCUGCAGCCGUCUACAAGUAGUGCUGGAAACCUGCAGGGCAAGAUUGUGUUGACCAUGGAAGACUUGAGCAGUGCUUUAUCGGAGUACGGGCUCAAUACGGCGAGACCAGAUUUUUACCAUUAA